AUGUUUCAGAUGAUCCACAUAGUGGGUCAGUUUCAUGGACAUGCUACAGAGGUCCCGCAUCAGCAUCUGAAGUUCUUUAUGGGAGUUUGGAAUUCAUUCAAGGAUGAAGGAUUGAGCAAAGGAGUGUUGAGGCUUAAGCUAUUUUCAUAUUCACUUAGAGGUGAAGCCAGAACAUGGUUGGAGUCCCUUUCUUCAGAAUAUAUUACAAGUUGGGAUGACUUGACUGAGAAGUUUUUGAUGAAGUAUUUCCUACCCAGCAAACGAUUAUUCCAAAGGUGUCCUUACCAUGGGAUUCCAGGAAGCAUACAGAUAGAGACAUAUUACAAAGGUUUGGAUAAUGCCACACGCUUAGUAAUUGAUGCAUCCCCAAAUGGGGCGUUGCUAGUAAAACCCUAUGCUAAAGCACUCAAUAUUUUAGAAAGAAUAUCAUCAAGCAAUCACUCAUGGUCUGAUCAUAGAGCUAUUGAAGGAAAAUCAAGUAAGGAGCUAGUUGAGUCUGAAUCAUACACUACAUUGAAUUCAAAGAUUGAGAUUCUGACGGACUUGAAUAAUAGAAAUACUUCGUAUUCAAAUACGUACAAUCCUCGCUUGAGGAAUCACCCCAAUUUUGGUUGGAGUGGCAAUCAAGGAGGACAUAACACUGGAAUAUCCAAUGCUCCAACUUUUCAACAGAAAGUAAGUUAUCCUCCUGGUUUUGCGUAUCAAGGACAGAUGGUAGAACAUAAUCAAUCAAAAGGAUCAAUUACAUCAUUAGAAAAUAUAAUGAAGCAAUACAUGGCCAAUAAUGACGCCACUGUGCAAAGCCAGGCUGCAUCUUUGAGGAACCUAGAGUUGCAAGUAGGCCAGUUAGCUAUGGAUUUGAAGAGCAGACCGGUUGGAGCAUUGCCCAGUGAUACAGAAGUGCCAAAGAGAGACAGUAAGGAACAAUGCAACGCCCUCACUCUACGAAGUGGGAAAGCAUUACCUCCAACACACCCGAACGCUCCAACAUUGACCAAAGAGCCUGCUCAAAUUGUCCAAGGAGAACCUCAGUCAGAACAGGACAGUGAGCCAGCAGAAGUAGUCGUACCUAUUCCACCAGAGCAAAUAGCUGAACAACCAAAGGAGGGUCAAAACACAUCCAAGCAAUCAGUUAAUCCAGUAAUUGCUAGAGCACCUGAGACAGGGUCUUCACAGAACAUAAUACCCGAGAAAGAAAGCAGGCAGAGCAUUAAAGUGCUCUGGCAGAGUACAGGCUAG